AUUCAUUCUCUAUUAUCUAUACAGUUUUAAUACUAAUCGAAAUACUACUGUUAUUAUCAUUAUAAGUAGUAUUGUUACUCCCUAUUGAUUGUUACAAUGAAAUAUCUAAGUGAAAAACAUAAAGUAAAUUACUUAACAGAAUUGAAUAGUAACCAAGUAGGUUAUUGAUUGAUUUGUUUGUUUAUUUAUUCAAUUACACCAUAACAUGAAUAUUUAGAUUAGAAUAGAACCAAAUCAACAAGUAACCAGUGGUAAUUUUUAUCUGAAGGCGGGCGCUAUAGCUUUUCUACAACUAUCAAUAAUAUGGGGAAUGAAUCUUCUUGUUAUACUAAUUAAUGCAUUCAAGAAUUGGUUACAAUCCCAAAACUGGUUGGUUGGGCUAUGUUUCUUUUCAGGACUCUAUAUUGAUUUGGAGAUGGCUCUCGUACAACAACUACAAUUUAAAUUUCCAUGGAACUACAUACUAUUGGUAUUUAAUUCGAUGAUUAUCUCGAUCCCAGCUUCAAGGUCACUUUCUGAAUUGGAAAAGCUAUGGAUUCCAAGUAGUUGGUUUAUUACACUGGGAAUCACAUUACUGACUGUAAUAUUCGGCGGAUUAAAGCGAUUCGAUAUAAAAAGAUCUUUCAAUAUAUUCUUCAUUGUUAUAUUCACUUUACAAGCAGUAGUUUACAUCGUUCUCAUUAUAUUGAAUCAAUUUAGUUUCAAUGAUGUAAUCUUGAUUAUUUCUGGAUUUGGAAUGCUACUGACAAUCAUCUAUGAAUUGGCAAUUGCAACUCAAGCAAUUUUUCCAGGUGAUAAACGAUUCGGUUUUCGAGAUGAUCAAUAUUUUCUAUUUGGAUUAGUACUUGCAACAAUAAUGAUUUGGAUGAAUAUGAUCAUUUCAAGUGAAAUAUUACUUAUAUGCAAUGUAUUCAAUAAAACAAGCCAAUGUAUUUCAGAGGAACAAAUGGAUAUGUAAUUGUCUAUAGACAUUCAUUAGUGAUUGUCCAUGAGUGUUAUCUUUUGUUAUGUGAAACUGUUAUUCGGAUAACAAGAUCAUUCACAUUUGAUUUGCAAUACUAAAAAAUUGUAACCGAAAUUGCUUUUUUCUUAUGUGAUUCAUCAAAUGAAUUUUUCCAAUAAUUCUGUAAGUGAUGUUUCUAUUGCGGCAUAUACGAAGUUGAACUAUUUCGUUACGUUCUGCUUGUUCUAUCAUGAAUAUAAAGUUUUCUCAUA